CUCCAAUCACGUGUCUGCCAAUAGUAGAAUUAAGCAUUACCACCAUUGCUGAAAAAGUGAAAUUCUAUUGUUGGCUGAUAUAAACCAAAAAAAUAAAAAGAAAGAAAAUUUGUUCAUAUAAUUCUUGAGAAAUUCUUGGGAUUUUCAUCUUGAAAAGGAUAGGAAAAGAAUAUAAUGGCAGCAUUCACAGGAACUUUGGAUAAAUGCAAGGCUUGUGAUAAAACUGUUUAUUUUGUUGAUUUGUUGUCCGCAGAUGGAGCAACUUAUCACAAAUCCUGCUUCAAAUGCAGCCAUUGCAAAGGGACCCUUGUGAUGAGCAAUUACUCAUCCAUGGAUGGCGUCCUCUACUGCAAGCCUCAUUUCGAACAACUUUUCAAGGAAUCCGGGAAUUUUAGCAAGAAUUUCCAAACCUCAAAGCAAGAUAAGGAGAAUGCUUUGACAAGGGCACCAAGCAAGGUUUCUGCCAUGUUCUCUGGAACACAAGAUAAAUGCUCAGCCUGUAACAAAACUGUUUACCCACUCGAGAAGAUGACAAUGGAGGGAGAAUCAUACCACAAGUCCUGCUUCAAGUGUGCACAUGGUGGCUGCCCUCUUACACACUCAUCAUAUGCUGCUCUUGAUGGAAUUCUGUACUGCAAGCACCAUUUUCAGCAGCUGUUCAUGGAGAAGGGAAAUUACCAGCAUGUAAUCAAUUCUGCUGCGCAUAAAAGGAGCUCUACAUCCGAGGUGUUGGACCUCGAGGCCGAGAAGGAGAAGCCGGAGGAAGAGGCAGGACAUGAACCUGAAGAACCUGAACCAGAACAUGAGAAGACACAAGAACGAUCUUAAUUAUUACCAUACAAUUUGUAAAUUAAAAUUCAAGUUUCUUGCUAUGUGUCUGAGUUUCCUUUUUUCCUUUCUUCUUUUUGAGAAGUUUUUAAUUCAUUACAAGGUAAAAACUGAUUUCUUUUAAUGUAAUU